AUGACGAAAAAAACUUCCUCCAUCGGCCAUUUUGCGGCCACCAGCACGUCUGGUGGUGCAGUCGGUGGAACGGGUGGGGUGAACCAUUUCGGUACCGGGACAUGCGGUGCGGAUGGUUCCGACAAGCAGCAAAUACCGUCGUCCGGGUCGAACCAGCCACAGCAACACCACGAUGGUGGUAAAUGCACAGCCCAGGAUCAGCAGCGCCAGCAUCAUCAUCAACAUCACCAUCACCAGCAGCACCAUUUGCAGCAAUCGGGCAGUGGUAAACUGCGCGACAAACACACCGUCCACUGGUUCCGCAAGGGAUUGCGGUUGCACGAUAAUCCGGCACUGCGCGAAGGACUUCGUGGGACGAAAACGUUCCGUUGCGUUUUCAUCAUCGAUCCAUGGUUCGCCGGUAGCUCAAACGUUGGCAUAAACAAAUGGAGAUUUCUCCUCCAAUGUUUGGACGAUCUGGAUCGAAACCUACGCAAACUGAAUUCGCGCCUGUUCGUGAUACGUGGGCAACCUGCGGAUGCAUUACCAAAGCUGUUCAAAGAAUGGGGUACUACCUGCCUGACAUUUGAAGAGGACCCCGAACCAUUUGGCCGGGUGCGAGACCACAACAUUUCGGAGAUGUGCAAGGAGCUGGGUAUCGAGGUCAUCUCGGCCGCAUCUCACACGCUGUACAACUUGGAAAGAAUUAUCGAAAAAAAUGGUGGCCGAGCACCGCUUACGUACCAUCAGUUUCAAGCCAUCAUCGCUUCGAUGGAUGCACCACCACAACCGGAGGCAUCCAUCACGCUUGACGUGAUCGGGAAGGCUACCACACCACAGUAUGACGAUCACGACGACAAGUACGGGGUGCCGACACUAGAAGAGCUAGGUUUCGAGACGGAAGCACUUCGGCCCCCGGUAUGGAUCGGUGGUGAAACGGAAGCACUGGCCCGUCUCGAGCGUCACCUCGAACGGAAGGCAUGGGUCGCAUCGUUCGGCCGGCCCAAAAUGACACCACAGUCAUUGCUCGCUAGUCAAACGGGUCUGUCACCCUAUCUGCGCUUCGGUUGUCUCAGUACGCGCCUGUUCUACUACCAGCUGACCGAUCUGUACAAGAAGAUCAAGAAAGCAUGUCCGCCACUGUCCCUCCACGGACAGCUACUGUGGCGCGAGUUUUUCUACUGUGCCGCUACGAAAAAUCCCACCUUCGACAAGAUGGCCGGAAAUCCGAUCUGUGUGCAGAUCCCGUGGGAUCGGAAUGCGGAAGCGCUUGCCAAAUGGGCCAGCGGACAGACGGGUUUUCCGUGGAUCGAUGCGAUCAUGACGCAGUUACGAGAGGAAGGUUGGAUCCAUCAUCUGGCACGCCACGCUGUGGCGUGCUUUUUGACGCGUGGCGAUCUGUGGAUAUCCUGGGAGGAAGGCAUGAAGGUGUUUGAGGAACUGCUGCUCGAUGCGGACUGGUCGGUGAAUGCGGGCAUGUGGAUGUGGUUGUCGUGUUCGUCGUUUUUCCAACAAUUUUUUCACUGCUACUGCCCGGUAAAGUUUGGCCGUAAGGCUGAUCCGAACGGUGACUACAUUCGAAGGUAUCUGCCAGUACUAAAGAACUUUCCAACCCGCUUCAUCCACGAGCCCUGGAAUGCCUCGGAGAGUGUACAGCGUGCGGCAAAGUGUCUCAUCGGCAAGGACUAUCCACUACCGAUGGUAAAUCAUGCGAUCGCAUCUCGUGCCAACAUGGAACGCAUCAAGCAGGUGUAUCAACAUCUGGCCAAAUACCGUACACCGGGCAGCGGAUGCUACGAAGCUGAUUGUAAUGAAAAGGGAGGCUCGGCGAUUGCGGGCGUCAUGACGGCAGCUAAAGUGCAGCACAUGAACACCAGCAGUAUGAACGAUAGUCCAAGUCCCACGACAAUCCUGACUAGUGUGAACAGCUCAGGAAACUAUAUGUGCCGUAGCAAUCCGCCCGCACAAAGCGAUCCCAAUGGAAAGAUCAUUACGUACCAUCAGAUGCUGAGUGGUUCAGCUGCAAGAUCAUCACUCGGAGGUAACGGAAGCGGUGAGCGAAGUAGUGCUGGUGCUGGAGAAGGUAACAAACAUGGUGACGGCACAGUCGGUCACAAUCAUUUGAUGACAGGAAAAGAAUCUAUACCACAACAGCAACAGCAGACACAGCACCACUCUCACCAAGCACAGAACCUGGAUCAGCAGUCGCAGGAAAACAGUAACUGUUUGGCAAACAGUGAUCAACGGUUCGGUUCGAUGGCUGAUUAUGCGGCGAUCAAACCCGACAGUCUCAGUACGCUCAUACGAGCUGGCAAUCUGACAACCGCCGGUACGCGCUUCUCCAACUUGCAGGACCAGCUCAGCAACAGUCUCAUGUCACUCGAGUGUGACGUGAUGGCAACCAAACUAAAGCCCAACAAUUACGAGUACGAGCGAAAUCAGAAUAUUUACAACAGUCAGUUUAAAGUAGAGUACAGCGACAACUUUAACUCGGGCUACGGUUUGCGAAAUGCCGUGUUCUACGGUGGUAAGCAUGAGGACGAGAACGAGGACACCAAAGCGGACAGUAUGAACAACAACAACCAUAGCGAUGAACUUGUGGGAGAUAAUUGUGGCGACGAGCAAGGGGUGCACAACGAUGCGGAGGACGACGACGAUGAAUCGCCCAUGACCACACUGGAGGACGCCGGAACACAUUCAGCACCCCAUGCCCUUCUCUUUGGCACGGACAAAUCUAAAAUCAAGCAGGAAUCACUGAUGUCACAGUCGACGCGCAUGUUUCUCGAACCACCCAAACACCAAUCCGGGCGAGAAGCUAAAGUCCAUCGUGCACGGUGCGAAUCAACCGAUCAACAAUCGAAUGCACUUCAUAGCUCGUCGUUGGAUGCACAGAUUAAGAAAGAGCAGCAACAGAUCACCUCGCAACAGUUGCCAGCACAUUCCAUGCACACCGAUUGUGAUUAUGAACCGGACAGUCAUAAGCUGUUAGCAGAUAUUCAUCGUCACCAGCAACACCACCAGCAGCAACAACACGAACAACAACAGCACCAACAACAACAGGCUUCUUUGUUAGCUGCUCAACGGCUGGAAUCGUCACAAAUGGACCAAGGAACCGAUCAGCCAAUGCAAGAAUCGCCGUGCAGUGAAGACAAGAUUGGUGCAACCGAUUAG